UUGGUUUAAAAGAAAACGCAUUAUUUUUGCAAUAUGAUUUGUUGGAAAGUGUUUGUGUUUGUCAUAUUUUAUGUCAAUCUUGUCUCAUCUUUGGCAGCGAUACAAAAAUGCCACACCGAGGAGGAGCUAUGCAUUCAGACAUGUUGUAAUUCAACGGAUUUCUAUCAUUCAAAUGUAGCCAAAUGUCAACUGACAUGGAGAUAUUUCAAUCUAUCGUUGGAGUCGCAAUUAAGUCGCUUCAAUGGCAACCAUCGCUAUAUGAAGCUGCUGGUAAAGUUUUGGCACGAUGUCAAUGUGCCAUGUCUGAAGUCUGAAGAUGUGGAAAUAUCAUGGCAAAAUCCAUCGGUGAAUUUGAAACAAAUCAGUGACAACACCCCCGAAUACUGUUUUUCUCGCAAUUAUAAUAACAACUCUAACAAAUACGAUCUCAAGCCUUUGCAUUGCAAUACUGGAUAUUCUUGGCAUACGUACUCCAGGUAUAUAAUAAUUUCAGUUCAAAGUCCAUGA